AUACGAUCAUCGGCCAGGGCCCGCUCCAACUCAGCAGAUAUAGGUUCCCUCCAGCUCGUGAGUGCGGCAGCUCUUUUCGGAAGGAAACAUUGCGAAUCGGAAAACGGGACCACGACGUCUGUCAUCACAGAGUCUGCAGUCGAGCCGUUACUUCGGAAAUUUAGUCACGAUACCUGCAGAGAAAGCAUUUGCGACAUUGGAACAGUUGGAGACUGGGACUCGUUCCAAAAGGAGCAGAAGAUGGCUAUGCGCUGAUCGCUCUGGCGUUGUGUACUCGGACCUACCACGUUUAUUCUCCGCUGACAGCGAGCGUGCUGAACAAUGGCGGUCUACUGCGGGUGACUUCAAACAGUGCAGAACAUAAGAAGGCACCUUCACGUGAUCUUCCCACUGUGUACUGAGUGAAUUAUGACGUCGGUAGACCUUCGGUUCUACUUGUUUGCUUCUUUGAUGACUGCGAGCUACGUGGAAGUGGCGUGGGCUCGAAAGUCAAUGUACGAGAGGGUCCCUGGUACCUGCCGCAUGGAAAGUCAGCUGUACCUGGAGCCGCAUCUUUUCAGCCAGCUCACCUGUGCGCGUUGCUACAAGUACAUGCCAAGCCUGGCCUUCAAGAACGCCUCUAGGCUGACGUACUGUCGCGGCGGAAGGCUGUGCCGCGGAGAGUGUGGCGGUGAAUGCUUCCAGCCCUACGGUAACGCAAGCGACGCGAGAAUCGUAGAAACGUUCAAGAAAGGGUUCUACGCCGACCGCUGGAACAGCUGCUGCCUCGCUGCCCAGGAAUGCUGUCGGGAGAUGCUCGAAGACGAGCUGGCUGAUCCAGCCACGGCCAAAGAAGGCCCACACUGUCCUGCGACGUGGGACGGCUGGACGUGCUACAAAGACACGCCUGCCGAGACGACGGUGCAUAAGCCGUGUCCCGCGCACGCGUACUUUAUCACCGAGCAACCGCAGUGCAUCAAGAUGUCGAAGAAAACCUGCUGGCAGAAUGGCACAUGGUUCUACAGCCAGGAGUACGGGAAGGAGUAUACCUUCUAUGACUGUGGCUCACUUGAGUAUCAUCGCUCCAUGACCAUCUUCUCCAUCGUGCUACACUCGCUGUCAGUGGUGGUCCUGGUGCCUGCAAUCAUCAUAUUCUCUGUUUACAAGCAGCUGCAGGUUCAUCGAAUUGCUCUGCACAAGAACUUCUGCCUUGCCAUGGUGCUGUACGACAUCAGCGUGAUCCUGGUUGACUCCGUCUUCAUCUUGGACCACGUCAACGAGGAGAAGAACAUACGCGUCAACGAGAACCCGAACUUAUGCAAGGUUCUCUACACCCUCUCUCGCUACUUCCGGUUGUGCCAGUAUGCCUGGAUGUUCUGCGAGGGUUUCUACCUGCAUAGGCUCAUCACGUCGGCCUUCGCGGAGCAGAAAUCGUUGCUGGUCUUUUACGUCAUCGGUUGGGGUUGCCCCGCAAUAUUCGUCGCCAUUAGUGCAGCCCUGCGUGCCCUACGUACCGGCCACCCGUGCUGGAUGGACAACAUAGAGGGAUACAACUGGAUAACCCUGGCUCCUGGUCUCUUCUGCCUAUUCGCCAACUUCGUUUUCCUCUGCAACAUCAUUCGCGUCCUCGUCACGAAGCUCAGAAGCACCCAUGCCAGCGAACCUAGCCAGUUUCGGAAAGCCGUACGAGCGGUGCUGGUAUUGUUCCCGCUCUUUGGUAUGCACUUUCUCAUGACUGUGUACAGAAGCCCAGCCAACUGUGGAGCAUGGGAAGUAUAUCAGUAUAUCAGCAAAGCUUCAGAUGGUCUACAAGGAUUCUUUGUAGCUGUCAUAUUCUGCUACUUCAACGGAGAGGUCCAGGGCCAAAUCACGCGGUCCAUCGAACUCGUGAAACUGGAGUCGUCGCUCACCAGGGCAUGUGACCGGAGGCGCUCCACGCGAACCCAGGUGCUAGCUUGCUGACAACGCGAGGAGCCCCCAACGCUCACGCUUCGUCCCGUCGCCCGCCGGGCGCCGGUUCCGUCACGACGGCCAAGUGCGGCAUGCGGCCCGAGUCCCUACCUGCCUGCACCACCCCGUGCUGUACCUGUUACGGCGUUCGCACGGCCGCUGGCGACUGCGACGAGGAUUCUCUAAUCGAACGAGCCGGACCCUUGCUAUAACCAACUCGCCCGUGUCUGCACACGCCUCGACGAUUGGCGAUGAGGAAGCAUGCGCACGUGUUCUGAAAUGGUGGCACCAUCGUUGAAGACAAGACCUGGAAAUGAACACUCACGUGCCUGCGAGGAGCAGAAAUGAUCAUCGUUCCCUGUUCACUUUCCCCUGCAUCCAUCAGACAAUGUUGCUGAGAAUGUCGCAAUACCCACCAAACUUCCUUCUGAAGUGAUGUGACUUCACCGGCAUCGUGUGCACGUGCAAAAACAACUUCCGUGCGCUACACUUACAAAACUAUACUCACCUCGUGCAACAUCUUAUACAUGAAUCCUUCACUUGAAACUAGGUGACAGCAAUGAAACAUACAUAUGUGUUUCAUGAACUAGACCUCAGGACAUUGCGUCGAUACUCCAAGUGACUUUUUUUAUGUCUUCGUGCAAACACUUGCGAACGAUUACGCUAGACUUUUUGUGACGUCACUGCACUGUCGUCUCACAAUAUGCAUCCGUCUGAUUUGCUGUCUGCAUUUCAGCGCAGCUCGUAAAUGGUCCACUGCAUAAGCAGCACAUUGCUGGUAUAGUUGUGACCUGUGCGGCAUGACACCGUAACAUUACUUGGCUGGUACACAAGAAAGCAGUAAAUGAUGCUUUGGGAUCAUGCGGAAAUCAUAUAUUUAUUGAGAUCUGUCUGCCAGCACAUUAUUUCAAUUGUAGAAUUGAACACAGCAUAUAUUCCUUCUUUCGCCCUGUAAUAACCCCUGUUUUACAGAUACCUCCGCAUUUCUUCACGGCAGUCCAUCAUGGCAAAGAAUCCGUAAACAAUAAAGACUGAGGCGCCCGUUCCUAUUUCUUUUAUAGCAAAAUCAUCUGGCCGUAUUAAGCGGUAAACUUGUUGAAAGAACUCUCCGGUGCAGUUAAUGUAUUUUGGGAAAUUGUCAUAGAUGUUUGUUGCAACAACGCUUAAACACUUUCAACAGUUAAAAAUUGUCUCUAAGGCAGAGAAUGUUUGGGAAGUAUUAGACAGAGAGAGAGAAAAAUGUUAAAUGAAAGGCAAGGAGGUUAACCAGGACUGAGCCCGGUUGGCUACCCUACAAUGGGGGAGGGGAAAAAGGAAGGAAAAUAUUAAGAGGAGGGGAAGUCCACUGUUGAUAUAUCCGACGAGCUAACAGUUAGGGAAUUAUUAGAAGUCAGCAUGUGACAAUGAACGCAGAUGUCGAAUUGGCGAUAGGCAUUCAAAAGGAUAUCCUUAUAUGUUUUUGGCUAGUUUGAUUAUCUUACCAAUCAAGGUGAAAGUCCUCAGUGUGGUUCGUAACAUGAUGAAGUGUAGAUUCUGUCUAUAUUGAUGAGCCAGAAUAAUAUUUAAUGAUUAUACGGCAGGUUGAAUUGCAGCACACAUCUGCCUCUGGAGUGUGGCCUGUACCAACGCGCCAUGAGACCAUGAGCAGUGACAGCGAUGAACACUGUAGUCGCUCAGAACCCUCCUAAAUAAUAACAUUUCGAAAGCGUCAUAUAGGUAUCCGCCGUUUGGCAAAGCGUGCAUUUACAAAAGCCCCUUGAUACCACGUAUAGUGUUAUAGCCCACCUGAAAGAAGCAUGCAGGUCAAAACUCAGCAGUUGAACGUGAAACCCCAAGUCUUGUGUGUUCUUCAGUACAUUCUUCUCAUGAAACAAAACUGUGUAUAAGUGUUUCACGUCUUUCGAAGUUUUGAAUA